AUGGACACUUCUGGACCACAAUCAGUGUCGCUGGACAUUGAGCUCGAUAGUGAUGUAUGUCCAGCUCCUGCUGUCAUCUCAAGCCAGAGUAGCGAAAAGGAAUCAAUUUCCCUGUUCUCAUUCAACAGUCCUCCUCCAUGUGCAUGGGACUUAAUUCCGGAAAUUCCCGAAAAUAUUUCUGUUAUUGGUUUACCAAUGCGUGGAUUACAGGAAAUAGAACUUUGCCUUAAUCCUCCAUCACGUGGUUCAAUGCUGAACUGGGAGUACGUCGCUGCCGAAUUCGGUUUUUCUAAUAGCAAAAUCAUGUACUUACGAACAUCUGCAAAUCCAACUGCGAACGUGUUACGAGAAAUUGCUCAUCGUCCUUUAAAAAAUUUGCUUAACGUAUUGGCAAAAAUCAAUCGGGUCGACGCACUUUUAUCACUGCAACCUUAUCUUGAGAGUGCAGUGAGAACCGGUGAUAAUGCAGAAAUAUUGAACUCUGAUUCAGGUGCGUUUGUGAAUGUGGAAAAAAACGAUAUUCUUACAUAUUCUGCAUCUUCCAGUGGUUUUGUACGUCCCAAGGCAUCGAAUGCUGAUAUUGUAGCUAGCAAGCAGAAAUUUAUUUUGGUGACGCAUCAUGAGUUUAUCACAAGUGUCGCGUUGCGAAAAAAUUAUAAAUGGUUUCUGAAAAACUUAAGGAAGCAAGCUGAGCAAGUUAAUAUGUUAGCAUUUGACAUUGACGACUACUUGGAAACAAGCUGCCAGUUUGAAGGUUUACAUGCUUUAUUUGCUGACGCGUCCAACAUUGUUUGCGUUUUCACAGAUGAAUAUAUGGAAAUGUUAAAAUCAAAUGGAAAUGAGCAAGCAGUGACCGUGAAGCAAUAUCUGCAUAAACUUAUGAAUGGUGAAUUCAUAGACCAGGGAAGUAAUCAACGGUUUUGUGCUGUAGUUUUCCAGGGAACAGGACGUGAUGUCCUUCCUCUUGGCUGGGCGAAAAGUACACUGGUAUAUGAAUUUCCUGCAAAUCAUCUGCGGCUUUUCCGAAAAUUGUUUGCGACGGAUGGAAUGUAA